CGGACCCAACACAACACGGGGUUCCCGACCUGGUGCUGGUGCGCACAAACCCAUUCGAGUCAGACUCCACCGCCGAGCCUAUAUAUGCCUCACUCUUUCGGCUCGCCCGCAAAACCCUAGAACCCACCCCUACGCCGCCGCCGCCGCCGCCGCCAUGGGUAUCGACCUCGUCGCCGGCGGCCGUAACAAGAGGACCAAGCGCACCGCGCCAAAGUCGGACGAUGUCUACCUCAAGCUUCUGGUGAAGCUCUACCGCUUCCUGGUGAGGAGGACCAAGAGCCAGUUCAAUGCCGUGAUCCUGAAGCGCCUCUUCAUGAGCAAGACCAACCGCCCGCCGCUCUCGCUUUGUCGCCUCGUCAAGUUCAUGGACGGCAAGGAUAACCAAAUCGCUGUGGUCGUGGGCACCAUAACAGAUGACAAGAGAGUUUACGAGGUGCCGGCGAUCAAGGUGGCAGCGCUCAGGUUCACUGAGACGGCAAGGGCCCGCAUUGUGAAUUCCGGUGGAGAAUGCCUCACCUUUGACCAGCUGGCCCUUCGUGCUCCUCUUGGCCAGAACACGGUUCUCCUGAGGGGCCCUAAGAACGCCCGUGAGGCAGUGAGGCACUUCGGUAAGGCUCCUGGUGUGCCGCACAGCCAUACCAAGCCUUAUGUCCGCUCGAAGGGAAGGAAGUUUGAGAAGGCAAGAGGAAGGAGGAACAGCAGAGGCUUCAAGGUCUAGGUUGUUGCUUGUUCAUGUGCUACACAGCUCUUGUUUGAGUCUGAGUUAUGUUAUUAUUAAGUGCUAGGAUCAUCUAAAUUUUGUUCGAACGUCAUGCACUGUGUAAGAAAUUUACAUCUGUUUUACCUGAUACUGUACUGUUUAACCUCUCUCAACUGGAAAUCUUUCAAGUAUCUGAUCCUCUUGAAUGAAGUAUGAUGGAUUGUUUGGCUGCC